AUGCGACUCCGUUUCCUCCCCCUCCUGGCUGUCCCCGCCACCGUCUAUGCGGACGCCCAAGCCGUCCUCAACGACAUCAACGCAAUCCGCACGCAGCUCACAACCCUCUCCUCAAGCGUCGAGGGCGUCGUUUCGGGGAUCCCCGGCAUCCCCCACGCACUGCAGGUCCAGGUCGACGCAACAGUUCUCGACAGGCACAUCCAGGCUGGCGCGCGCGAUGCCAACGCCUCCCCGCCCUUUGGUUCCAGCUCGCUGCAGGUCGGGCUCUCGCUGAUUGCACUCCAGCCGGCCAUUACGGACGCGCUCGGCCAGAUUAGUGAGAAGAAUACUACGUUUGGCGAGUUGGGGGUUAUUGUUCUUUCGAGUUUGGUGCAGCUCAAGAGGGAUACGACGGCGUUUUCGGACGGGAUUGUGCCCAAGCUUGGGGCACUAGAGGCGGCAAUUGCGCCUGCUGUUGUGAGGUCGAUUGAGGAGGCGUUUGAUGAGGCUAUUGCGGCGUAUGAGAGUAAUGCCAUUUGA